GUCACAGCCGAGCUUGUAAGCGAGUGUCGCGCUGCACAACACACCCUGCGCGAGGAAGCGAGAACCCGUACUGAAGUUGUUUUUGAAUGAUUGAUGUCGCCAAACAUAGUUUUGAAGGAUGAACCGGGGCCGGGGAGUGAGAAAAAGAACGGCGCCAGAAAAAUCAGAUGCCUUUGAAACAUGUAACGAGGAAAUACGUGUGGAGAUUCACCAGCUCUUCAACAAGGUCAGAAGUUAUGCCUCCCCUGCUGGAGGAGAAUGGACGUUGCCUGACCCAAGUGUGGUGCUCUGUGAUCCUCAUGCGAGUCACCCACGUUUGCAGGCUCUGAAACAAUCACUAAAUGAAGUGAAGAAUCAACUCAGCGAUAAAGACCUCUCAGUAUGGCACCAGCAUACUUGUUUCACCAACCGAGCAGGCAGUGUUACAGCCCACCUUCGCUCCACAACCAACGCAGAGCUGUGCACCCAGGCUUGGGCCAAGUUCUAUGAGAUCCUAGGGACUUUUAAACUUCUGCCUGACAAUGCAUUGAAGAGUGGCGAGUUGAACUCCAUACACCUGUGUGAAGCCCCUGGUGCCUUCAUAUCAGCUCUAAAUCACUUCCUCAAGACGAGUGGCCUGCACUGUGACUGGAGCUGGAUUGCGAACACUCUAAAUCCAUACUAUGAAGCCAACGGACGUGGUCGCACUAUUACAGAUGACAGACUCAUCGCACACACUCUGCCUUGGUGGUUCUUUGGAUCAGACAACACAGGUGACAUAAUGCUUCAGAAGCAUCUGCUGGAACUGCCGAGAUUUGUGAGCAACAUGCACAGUGUUGAUUUGGUUACAGCAGAUGGAAGCUUUGACUGUCAGGGGGACCCAGGGGAACAGGAGAGAUUAGUUGCCCCGCUUCAAUAUUGCGAAGCCGUUUGUGCUCUUCUGCUGUUAGGAACCGGAGGCUCAUUUGUCCUGAAGAUGUUCACACUAUUUGAACACUCAUCUGUCUGUCUGCUGUAUCUCCUUGCAUGCUGUUUCCGUUCCGUGAACGUCUUCAAGCCAGGCACCAGCAAGUCUGGAAAUUCAGAACUGUAUAUAGUGUGCUUGGACUAUAAGGCCAAAGAACAAAUUCGGCCAUUGCUCUCAAAGUUAAUCCGUAAUUACGGACCAGACUUGGCAUCCACAGCGGCGCUCUUUCCCCGUCGCUGCAUUCCAGACUCGUUUCUAAGUCAGCAUGAAGAGAUAUGCACUUUUUUCCAUGCAUUGCAAGUUAACACAAUCCAGGAGAACCUCAAGCUUUUUAUAUGCAUGAGCGCAGAACAGCGCAGGCGAUUGGAGCAGCUCAGGGAAUAUGCUGCAGAGUUUUAUACGAAACGUUUCAAUGUUCACUACCUCCCUCGGAAAAGCUGGGCUUGCCGUGGUGGUGUGGCCAGAUGGGUAAAACUCUGUGAAAGGAAGCAAAUGGGCUCUUUUAAUCAGCGCAAGGAGAUGGAACUUCAGGGAUGGAAGCAGCGCCUUGCCCAAGGAAAUUAUGGGGCGUUCAUAGAGAGGCACUGUGGAGGGACAGAAGGGUGUGAGAAUGUACUUAGUGGCCCACUGGAUGAGUGUGAUUUGGGAGCCUGGUUUGCCCUUGAGGGAGCUGCCCUGCCGAAAGUCUGCAGUUCCACCUUCUGUGACCAAGAAAUGCUAGACUUCCUGAAUGAAGCUCUGGAAGAGAACCUGAGGGUCAAAGCGGCGAAUCAUUCUGACGGAGCUUUGCUAGUAUGCAGCUCCUGCAGCAUCGACUCCCCUGUAGGCAUCUUAUCUGAGAUUUGCAGCCAUCCUGAUGUGACAUCUUGUUUGGUACUGGCAAGCCAGUCUUGGUGUGACGGCACACUUGUAGGCGUUAAAUUGCAGCCAGAGUUUUUGCAAGGACCAUCCUGUUGUGAGGUACAGGAUUCCACACUGCACGAUGGACAACCAGACUAUCAGUUUGAGCUUCUGAACACUGUGCUUUUUGCUCUGCAGAAACAGCAUCAGGGAUCAACCCUGGUGAUUCCCUUAUGUUCUGUCUUAACACGCUUCACCUCCGGCCUGGUUUUCACACCAGCUGUGCUUCCGUUACAUCACAUUCCGCUGCUCAUCUGGUUGGCCUCCUGCUGCUCUUGUGUGUGUAGGUUUCUCUUCACCAUCAGCACUACCCCGGCUGCUGGACUUUCUCCGGGACGUUUUGGAGAAGAUGAAAAAAGUUCAGCUUGAGCUUGGGAGGCAGAUUCUGCAGUUUGUACCUUUAGAAGAACUUCUCAGAGGGGAAUUACCUCGCUUCCUUUCUUCCUUCAAUACUGCUGUUGUUCGACAGCAGCUACACGUGCUGAAGCAGGUUGAAUAGAGCACAUACUGUAUGCCUAUAUUUUCUAGAAGAACUUUUCAGUUAGACUACAUUUGAGUAUAAUAAAGCCUCGGUUUACUUCAAUUGAAUCCGUAGCCUCAGCUUGUGCCAGUGCCACAGUGAAUAUGUAGGAUAUAUUGGAACACAGAAUUCUUUU